GGCGGCUCGAGCGGCCGCUCCGCUCUCUCCAGCCGAGUUUUAGCAAAAAGAAGGAGGGACGGAGGAAGCAGCAGCAGCAGCAGCAGCAGCAGCAGCAGCAGCAGCAGCAGCAGCAGCAGGGACUGGCUCCUGCUUUCUCCCCCCAUGUGAGCCGGGACGAUGCUGCCGCUGCUGCUGCCGCUGCUGCUGGGCGCCCGCGCGCUGAGCGCACCCCCGGGGGACACGGCGGUGGUCACCCCGCUCCGCCUCGACCCCGACAUCAACGGGCGGCCCUACUUCAGGCGCGGCCCCGCCGAGGCCGUGGUGUUCCAGCUGUCGGCUUUCGGGGAGGAUUUCUACCUGCAUCUCUCCCCCGACGCCGGAUUCAUCGCCCCCGCCUUCGCCGCGCACUACCUGGGCUCCGCGCCCGGUGCCUCCCGUCCCCAUCACCUCCGCCACUGCUUCUACUCGGGGGAUGUCAACGCCGACCGAGAGUCCUUCGCCGCUCUCAGCCUCUGCGGGGGGCUCCGGGGGGCUUUCGGCUACCGGGGAGCCGAGUACACCAUCAGCCCGCUGCCGGGAGCGGAGCACGGCGGGGCUCAUCGCCUGCAGCGCCGCAACGUCGCCCACCCGCUGGGUGCCUCCGCGUCGCGCUGCGCGGUGGGCUCCGGGCUCACCCCAGGGGUGCUGCAGGCUCUGGAGAAAUACCGGGGGAGAGCGGCCGGGGGGAAGGCAGGAGGGAGAACCAAACGCUUUGCCUCCGUGCCCCGAUAUGUGGAGACCUUGGUGGUGGCCGAUGAGUCCAUGGUGAAGUUCCACGGGGAUGACUUGCAGCACUACCUGCUCACCCUCAUGGCCACGGCCGCCCGCCUCUACAAGCACCCCAGCAUCCGCAACCCCAUCCAGAUCUCCGUCGUCAAGUUCCUCCUCAUCGGGCAGGACGACAAAGGGCCCAAAGUCACCAGCAACGCCGCCCUCACCCUGCGCAACUUCUGUGCCUGGCAGAAGAAGUGGAACAAAGUCAGCGACAAGCACCCCGAGUACUGGGACACCGCCAUCCUCUUCACCAAGCAGGACCUGUGCGGUGCCACCACCUGUGACACGCUGGGCAUGGCCGACGUGGGCACCAUGUGUGACCCCAAGCGCAGCUGCUCCGUCAUUGAGGACGAUGGGUUGCCCUCAGCUUUCACCACGGCCCACGAGCUGGGCCAUGUCUUCAACAUGCCCCACGACAACGUGAAGGCCUGUGAGGAGGUCUUUGGCCGGCUGAAGACCAACCACAUGAUGUCUCCCACCCUCAUCCAGAUCGACCGUGCCAACCCCUGGUCAGCCUGCAGUGCUGCCAUCAUCACCGACUUCCUUGACAGCGGCCACGGAGACUGCUUGCUGGACCAGCCCUCCAACCCCAUCCCGCUGCCCGAGGACCUGCCGGGGACGAGCUACAGCCUGAACCAGCAGUGCGAGCUGGCCUUCGGUGUGGGCUCCAAGCCCUGCCCCUACAUGCAGUACUGUGCCAAGCUCUGGUGCACCGGCAAAGCACGCGGGCAGAUCGUGUGCCAGACACGGCACUUCCCCUGGGCUGAUGGCACCAGCUGUGGGGAGGGACGCUUCUGCCUGAAAGGAGCCUGCGUGGAGAGGCACAACGUCAGCAAGUACAGGGUGGAUGGCGGCUGGGCCAAGUGGGCGCCCUAUGGCACGUGCUCACGGACGUGCGGUGGUGGGGUGCAGCUGGCCAAGCGUGAGUGCACCAACCCUGUGCCUGCCAACGGGGGCUCCUACUGUGAGGGUGUCCGCGUCAAGUACCGCUCCUGCAACCUGGAGCCCUGCUCGGCUGCAGUGCCAGGAAAGAGCUUCCGAGAAGAGCAGUGUGAGGCAUUCAAUGGCUACGGCCACAGCACCAACCGCCUCACUGCUUCCGUCUCCUGGGUUCCCAAGUACUCUGGCGUCUCACCCCGGGACAAAUGCAAGCUCAUCUGCCGGGCGAAUGGCACGGGGUACUUCUAUGUGCUGGCACCCAAGGUCGUGGAUGGCACCCCGUGCUCCCCAGAUUCCACCUCAGUCUGUGUCCAGGGCAAAUGCAUCAAAGCGGGCUGUGAUGGGAAGCUGGGCUCCAAGAAGAAAUUUGACAAGUGCAGUGUAUGUGGAGGAGACAAUAGGAGCUGCAAGAAGGUCUCGGGCUUAUUCACCAAACCCAUGCACGGCUACAACUUCGUGGUGGUGAUCCCCGCCGGAGCUUCCAACAUCGACAUCCGCCAGCGGGGCUACAAAGGGCUGAUCAGCGACGACAACUACCUGGCGCUGAAGAACGGGCAGGGCAAGUACCUGCUGAACGGGCACUUCAUCGUCUCGGCCGUGGAGCGGGACCUGAUGGUGAAGGGCAGCGUGCUGCGGUACAGCGGCACCGGCACCGCUGUUGAGAGCCUGCAAGCCUUCAAACCCAUCCAGGAGCCCUUGACUUUGGAGGUGCUCUCCGUGGGGAAAAUGACGCCUCCCCGGGUGCGCUACUCCUUCUACCUCCCCAAGGAGAGCAAGGAUGACAAAACCUCCUACAAGAAGGAGGGCAAAGCUCCUCCGGAUCUCAACAACAGCGUCCUCAGCUUGUCCAACCGCUUGGAUGGGGGCAGGCCGACCUACAAGCGUCCCUCCUACAAGUGGGCAGCGGGCGGCUGGGAGGCGUGCUCUGUCACCUGUGGCAGUGGGCUGCAGAAGCGAGCGGUGGCUUGCCAUGACUCCUAUGGCCACCCAGCCUCCGAGUGCGAGGCUGCCCAAAGGCCGGUAGAGGUGCGGUCGUGCGGGGAGCCCUGUCCGGCCUGGGAAGCGGGACCGUGGGCUCCUUGCUCCAAGAGCUGUGGGAGAGGCUUCAAGAGGAGGAUGCUGAAGUGCGUGGCCUCCGGUGGGAGACUGCUGCCCCGGGAGAGUUGCAGUUUUCGGAGGAAGCCGCAGGAGCUGGAUUUCUGCACCUUGAGGCCAUGCUGAGCUGUGCCAGUGAGGAUGAACAUGGUGUUUCUCGGGCAGCGGCCAUGGGUUGGGAGAAGGGGAGAUGUCCAUAGCACAUAUCGAAUGAGGGUAAAAAAGGGAAAACAAACAAACGAAAAAUAAAGGGACCUGGGUGCGGGGAAGGGCGCACAACCAGGUGAUGAGAGGGCUUUCACCGAGCAGGUUGCUCGGAGGUGAGCAGGAACCAACCUACCUCGAAGCUGCCGCACACACAGGGACCCACGGCUGGGAGCCGGAGGACAGACAGACAGAAAUCACUGCCAGGAUGGCCCCCAGGACACACAGAGGGGACACCCCCAGAUGGCUCAGACAACGCCUGCCCUGUCUUCCCAGGGCCAAGCCUACCUCCCCCUUCCCCAAUUUUCUGCGUGGGACCAAGCCAAUUUACCUACACGAUGAUGGCAAGUUGUACUGCCCAACAGGGUGCUGGGUUUUGUAGGGACUGUUACCUUCAGGGCUUGCAAGCCUGUGUGCAUGUCAACGGGGAUCCCAAGUGCCAGGCUGGGAGGUGGUGGCUUGAUUCUCAUUUUCUCCUCAUGUUUAUGAUCUGACCAGUGUAUACUUUAUGGUGCUUAACUCUGUGUUGUUUAACAUGCUCCCUGUGCUGGAUACAAACCUGGCAUGGAGGGAAUAGCGUUGCUUCCAGCAGAGCCCCUCCUGGGGCUAAGGUUUUCCUAUGGUGCUCUGGGCAGGCUGAGACUGGCUCUUAGCUAAAUGGGUGCCCAGAGCACAGCCAGACGCUCGUUUACACCCUGGUGCAGAGAAGGGUGUAAAGCUCUUUGGGACUAAAAGGGAUCACAGUGGAGGUUCAAUGUGAGCAGUAAUUGCAGAAAUAACCAACUGUACUGUAGCAUCAUAGUGCGGUGCGCUGGAGCAUCCCUGCCUGUUGCUGGUGCUUGACUCUGCUCUGGAAAUGGUGCUCACAGGGCCAGCAUGCCAUGCCCAGGCACUCUGCUGCCUGCCUCACUCCAAGCUUCAGGGUUAUUUGGGGCUGUUCUGAUCCUCCUGCUCCUGCAGAGCAUCCACAACCAGCUGCAUCCUCCUGGGUUUUGUGCUAGGGCUCAUUCCAUACCUCUGUAGUGUCUGGAGGCUGUCUUACCUCAUCACAACCCUGCCAGACACCUUCCACCAUAAGCCUUCUGCUCAGAUCAAACCAUCAAGGAUCAUUUCACAUUUUGCUUUCCCACUGAUGAAGGUCCCUUGGAGGGAGCUUGCUAUGGACCUCUUGACCGAGAUAUGUCACUAUUGGGAAGAGCAGAAGGGUCGACCCCAACUUUUGGGUAGGCUGCUGUCUCAGCAGUGAGAUGCUUGGAGUCUGCUCAGCACAUGUGGAAGCUCUUCAUGCUCCACCAAGCCUCCAGCAGUGGUCAGAAGGGUCCCAAGGAACAGCAGAAACGUUCUUGUGGAGACCUUUCCCACCAGCUUAGCACAUUUCUUGUGAUACUGUUUGCAGACCCACCCUCCUAGAUUUGUGUAAUUCUUUUUUGAGCACAGUAAUAUUUCUGGUCUCCGCGAUGCUUGAUAGAGCCAGGAGCAGAUGUUGUGGUUGCUUUGCACAGCGGGGACGGGAUUUAAUGUUCUAGGAAAUCCCUUCCAGGUCUACAUUCCCAUGAACGCAUCAUCCAUUUUCUGGACAGUUUUCCUGCGUAGCCGAGCCUGCAGUGCUUUCGUUUGGGGACAGAGCUCCAAGGAGCUGCCCUUUGCGUCUUGCCAUCAAAUCGAUGGUUUCCAAGCCACCGAGGAACUGUCAUCCUUGUCCGAUGGGGGCGAAGGAUGGGGUGGGAGGGACUUCUUGAGUGCAGUUCUUUUGCCAAGUGUGCAGCAAAAGGAUGGAGAUGCCUAUUGUACUGGCUGCUUUGUGUAUACCAUGUAUACUAAACAUCGAUCUCUGCUGUUUGUGCAUCAAUAGCAAACCUGAAAUAAAACCGUAUUUAAAGAUC